GCAGAGCACGACAAUGGAGCCACCUUCGGCUGCAGUGCAAGGGGGCAGGAAACGGAACCACGACACUACCGAAGUGGUCAUCUGCUCACGAUUUCCGUAGAUGUGGUGCUGGCAAGUGAACCUCAAACUGGGGUAAACAAUGCACUUAAACCACCACAUGCAAGCCAGAAGAAGAAACAAUUCAUGGAUACGGAGGAUCCACUUGAUUUGACGUCCGCUCAUGAACUUCGCAUAUCACUUGCUUACCACAUCGUAGGCUGUAAGGCAGGUACCGAAUGUUCCUUUGCGCAUGUCCAACAAUCUGAGCCAAGAACCUCUGGGACCAAACCUCGAGCUCCCAAGCAGAAAGCUGGAAGAAUAGAUGACAGUGAUGCUGCUACUCCCAAACGUCAAUAUGAGGCUCGGAUUGAUCGCUCCAAAGUGGUCAGUAGGCCAACCCCCAAGACAGAGAAGGAGGACCCACGGGUAUUUCAGAUGGGUCAACUUCGUCGUCGUUUUGCUCCCACAGAAGAAUCUCUUCCGGAUGCCGCCCUUCUCAAGUUGAAACUUGCUCCCAGCGAUCCUGACUUUCCGUUUGAUCUUCCCUUCCUGGAAUGCUCUCUCACUAUACCAUCGCUGUAUCCGGGAGCCAAGCCAAGUCUGCGUAUCACCAACUCGGAGAUGCCACGCGGGUUCCAGCUCAACGUCGAACGUGGAUUUGACCAAAUCGUCGCUGAUUCGCCAAACGCGACGCUUCUCGGAGCAUUUAAUCGUCUGGACAAGAAUCUCGAGACCUUGCUUUCCGGCGACAAGGCGGAUACAGUAAAGAUCGUACGGAAUGCACCCAGAGUUGUUGAACCUCAAACAAAACUUCCUCCUGCUGUCCAGACACCCAAAUCGCAGCAGGCAGUGACUUCUCGCAGUGUAGAAGCCACCCCAUAUUUCACCGCCGAACAAAAGCUACAGGCAGAAACAAAACGUCAGUCCGAUAUCAGACAGCUUGUGGCUAGAUUGGGCCGACUGCCAGGCUUCAUACAGUCUUCGGACGAUAUCUCAUUCACUAUCCCGUUUCAACCUACAAAGAAGAUGAUGUUGCCCGAAGCUCUGCGGAACCAGAAAUCGGUUCGUCUAGUUGUGCCUCAGCUUUACAACCUACAUCUACCCCGAAUUGAAGUCAACGGCAAUCACGAUCCUGCAGCAAGAACCCUCGAAGAGUCGUUCCAACAAAGAGCCCGAAGUGAGACUGGACUGAACUUACUCGCACAUAUCAACUACCUUACUCAGCACGCACACACCAUGUCCAUAUUCAGGGAGUCAUCCAGCGUACCCGAGGUUCAAGAGACACCUCAAGAAGUAUCCAAAGCAGACAUCAUUGUCCCUGUUUCGGCUCCACCAAGCGGUGCUGUCGCAAACCAAGAUUCUGACAAAGCUCACAUUCGUGUUAUUCCAAGACCUCCGGAAUGGAACACCGACGGUCCAGAUGGUUGGAGCAGUGACGAUUCUUACUCAUACGACAGUGGAGAUGAAACAGAAGAGGAGGAUAGUGAGCAACCAGAACAACCAGAGCAACCACCUGCCAGUAUGUCAGGGCUCGCGGAACGAGGCAUUAUGUUGUCGUUCCCCAAUCUAGAGUUGUACGGCUGUGAACUCCUGGAGCUUGUCUCACUGAGUAUCACAGUCAAGUGCGAGCGUUGCAAAGACUUGCUUGACGUCCAGCGUCUGAGAAACAAUACCAAGGGAGAUGUGACUGGGAUGCGCGACGAAAUUUGCAAAAAAUGCGCGAACAGUCUCGCAAUUGGAUUCCGCGCGGACCUGAUCCAUCAAAACUCUGUGAGAGCCGGAUAUCUGGAUCUCGAUGGUUGCACAGUAGUUGACAUGCUUCCAAGGCAAGUUCGCCGUGUAAUACGAGUGUUCCAACAGUGUUCCACAUCCUACCCAGCUCCAGGUGUUGUUGGAGUUCGCGGAGACUCAAUCUUAGCAAUUUGUAGAGAAUGCCAUCGAAAGAUGAGUUUCCGCAUCCCAGAGACCAAGUUCUUACAUGUCAGCGCCGCUUCAGCAAGCCGUGCUCCCGUACGCAGAAAGGUCAAAGAAUCCCUGGGCAUAGUCGCCGGGCAGGAGUUACCAAGACGCGGUCGUUGCACGCACUAUGCAAAAUCGUACCGAUGGUUCAGAUGCCAUGACGAGAAGGAGAGCCAUCCAAACGAACACGCUAAUCGUAUGAUCUGUGGCUAUUGUUCGAGAGAACAAAAUUAUAGACCGGACGACUGCCACUUCUGCCGCUCCAGCCUCAUUGCGAGAGUUGGUCAUGGGUUCUGGGAAGGAGGCAAAGGUAAGAUCAAAUCCUCCACUCUCUUCCAUCAUCACAUCCUUGAUUCGCGCAUCAACUAUUCCCCUUACCAAUCGUCGAUGCGAAAAAACUGGCAGCUGUUUGUUCGCAUCGGGCAUGACGUCCUCCCUGGCAGUCAGUGGCAGAUGACCACGACUCCACGCAACCCCACGAGCUCCAACUUUCCCCGCGCGCCGGUG